AUGCGCGUGCUCCAUCCCCUGGGGAGUUUGAACCAAAAUCACGAACUUCUUUUGAAGGUGAUCAACGUGGACGACGAUGGGAACGAGUUGGGAUCAGGUGUGAUGGAGCUGACCGAUGCCGAGCUCGUCCUCCACACUCAUCGCCGUGACGACGUGCGGUGGCCUUACCUGUGCUUGCGUCGCUACGGCUACGACUCCAACCUGUUCUCAUUCGAGAGCGGACGCCGCUGCCAGACGGGUCAAGGUAUUUUUGCCUUCAAAUGUUCCCGAGCCGAGGAGAUCUUCAACAUGCUGCAGGAGGUGAUGCACAGCCACAGCAUCAGCGUGGUGGAGGAGGCGGUGCUGGAGCCCAGCCACACUCCUGCAGCGUUGGGGUACUCGGUGCCCUCGGUUCCCAACGGUGUGUCCAGGAUCCCGUCUGUGGGCGAGGCCCCGUCUCACCCCUCCAGCCGUCACCCGUCCGUAGCCAGCACCCGUCUGCCCUCUGUGGGGGAGGAGUCCACCCACCCUCUGCUGGUGGCCGACGACGCGGUGCACACCUACGUGAACACGGCGGGUCUCCUGGAGGAGCAGCCGAGCCCGCUGACCGCCACCACGCCUCUGGAGAGCCCCGCCUCCCCGCAGUCUCAGUGUCCCCCGACGCCGCCGCCUCCCCCCCGCCAUCGCUGUGAGCCGCCGCCUGCCCCGCCGGAGCCGCAGGUGCUGCUGGAGCCAGCGGGGGUGCGCUUCGUGCUGGGCCCGACCCCUGUUCAGAGACAGCUGAUGGAGAAAGAAAAGAAGCAGCAGCAGGAGGCCGGCGAGGCGCCAGAGACUAACGGCCAUGCCGAGGAUCCGCCACACGAGCGCACGCCGCCGCCGCUCGCCAACGGCUCCGCCGCGCCGCGCCGCCACCGCCCGCCUCCCCUCACCCCCGACUUGCAGAAUGUCAACAACUCGGCCCAGCGCCGCACGGCCCUGCUGGACUACGAGAACCUGCCGCCGCUGCCGCCGGUGUGGGAGACGAGGAAGCCGAGCGCCGAGGACGAGGACGCCGUGGCGACGCCGGCGCUCAACGGCUACGGGCAGGGCCCCCACGCCGCGCUGCAACACUCCUACUCCCACCCGCUGUCCGCCGCGCUGGAGUCCUCGCACAACUACGUGAACACAGAGAACGUGACGGCGCCGCUCAGCGCGCACCGGCCUGACACAGCGCGUCGCCGCGGCGACGGUCCUACCGUCUUCAACUUUGAUUUCCGCCGGCUGCCGGCGCACAGCGAGCCGCCCAGAACGCUCAACUACAUCGAGGUGGAGAUGGACGGCGGCGGGAACAGGGGCGCGUCCGACGGCAGCAACCCGCACACGCCGCGCACCCCCACCUCGCCGCCGCCGCCCAGCACGCCCACCCGCCGCACCGAGCUCUACGCCCUCAUCGACAUCGAGCGCACCGCCGCCAUGUCCAACCUGCAGAAGGCGCGACCGCGCGACGACGGCACCUCGCGCAAGACGCGGCACAACAGCACGGAGCUGCCCACCAAAAGCACUGCGUGACAUGCACCGCCGCUUCCUGUCACAGAGGGGGGGAGCAACGUUGCCACUUCCUGUCACAGAGGGGGCGGAGCUUCUUUCUGCCACUUCCUGUCACAGAGGGGGCGGAGCUUCUUUCUGCCACUUCCUGUCACAGAGGGGAGGAGCUUCUUUCUGCCACUUCCUGUCACAGAGGGGAGGAGCUUCUUUCUGCCACUUCCUGUCACAGAGGGGAGGAGCUUCUUUCUGCCACUUCCUGUCAGAGACAGCCAAAUGGAGACGGACUCCCCCUGAACACGUCUUAAUGAGAUAAUGACUUGCUGGCGGUACUCGCUGAGCGGCGGCGUGUUGCCGUGGCGAUGUUAAUAAGACUUGUCUUUAUAUGGUACACAUCAGUAUUACUGAACCAAGCAUUCCAUUUAGCCUUUUAUACGAUCACUACAUGCUGCUGUAACCCGCGGUACACUACGUUAUGUCUCAUAUGUACAGUAGAGUCUGGCACAAUAAAUGUCUUUUUAUUUGU